UUCUGAAAUUAUUGAGAAAAAACUAAAACCGUUAAAAAAAAAUCUAAAUAGCAAUAAAAACAAGAACCAUCCGAAAACAGUUAAACAGAGUUAAUAGAUUUAAAGUGCAGCAUAAAGAGAAUAUCUACAAAAUUCAAAUUAAAUAUUUGGAGAACACGGGACACCCUGUUUCAAUUUUCAGUUGGUGAGGGUAGCGGAGCCUACUCUACGCAGCACAACUAUCCCCGGGAAUAUCCUGACUCCAGUUCUACGCGGCCAGUCCAAUACUCUACGCGGAGUGUGGUAGAGUCUACGCGACCUGUAAGAAAUAAAGCAGUAGGCCUGGAGAAGAGCAAGGAAAGGGACAGGAAUAUGUUAACACUGCAUCAGGGGCAGCGUUGACAUUUUGAGAGAAGAUACCAGUGUUAGUAAGGCUUAAUAAUGUUUGGUAGUUCGGCCAGUUCCGGGAGCUUUGGAGAUGUUCUCUCCUCCUCAUACGAUCUCACCCUCUCCGAGUAUGGAGCAGAGGAUACUCCGCUGUCGGAGACCAGCAUGGCGGCUCUUGGUGAAGCAGCUUCUCAAUGUUUAAACCAUUACAAUCCGUCCCAUUCUCCAGGGAUGUCACAUGAAGAUUCAUCCCCCGGAAAUGCUCAUUAUGACCAGGAACAAUCUCCUUACAAUGAACUAUCCUCACAUGAGUUCCAAGCUAAAUUUAUCACCCGACCACUAAUCUACGGAGGGAUGUCACCCAGCAGUGCACCUGUAAACCUCUCACCCGGACACUCUCCUGGUCACCCUGAAACCCUGCCUAGUUUCCUCGACACAUAUACACCCGCUGUUAUGUCGACGCUAGACGGGGCUCGACAGUUUGUUACAGAUGAGUUUAGUCGACUAAGACAUAAACAUCAGUAUGAUGUUUCAAACUGUUCUAGUCUUAAUAUAAGUUUAAAAACAGAGUUUUCUGAGCACUCACAUUUACAUGCAGAACCUCCUUCAUACGAUACAUACCAGGCUCAGAAACACCUGGAAACAGUUGAAAACUUUUGCUUGAAAAAAGAGCCUGAUCUGUACAGUUCGUCUAACCACACCUACUACCCCUCCCACCACCACCACCUCUCCCCCUUCCAGUUCACAGAGUUCCCUGAGGUGGGCGUACCCCACUUAUCAUGCCACGCCUACGAGACUGAACCUGAAUCUAGAAUAAAAAGAUCCCUGCAGUCAAAUCAACAAAAUAUGGAGAGUAAACUGCAUAUACCUUCUCAUCAUUGGUCCGGGCAUAUAUCUAAAGGAGUACAAAGAGACAAGGGUGGAGGUUGUCUGCUGUGCGCAGUGUGUGGAGAUAAUGCCGCGUGUCAACAUUAUGGAGUGCGCACGUGUGAAGGCUGUAAAGGAUUCUUUAAGAGAACUGUUCAGAAGAACGCCAAGUAUGUCUGUCUGGCGGAUAAGAACUGUCCCGUGGACAAACGGCGGAGAAACCGCUGCCAGUUCUGCAGGUUCCAGAAAUGUCUAACUGUAGGAAUGGUGAAGGAAGUUGUGAGAACGGAUAGUUUAAAGGGACGUAGAGGUCGUCUUCCAUCUAAACCAAAGAGUCCAAUGGAAAGUCCGAUAUCGAACCAGGUUUCUCUUGUUUCCUCCCUGGUCCGAGCACACCUGGAUACAAGUCCAGACCUGGGAAACCUGGACUUCUCCCAGUACCUGGAGAUCAAGGAGGAGGAGGAGCUGGACAACAAGGCGGGGCUUGUCGAGACGGAGACUGCACGGAUCUCACAGUUUUAUGGACUUCUUACCUCAUCAAUAGAUGUUAUUCGAGUUUUCUGCGAGCGGAUUCCUGGGUUUGUAGACCUCUGUCGGCAGGAUCGGGAACUAUUGUUUCAAUCCGCCUCACUAGAACUAUUCACACUAAGACUAGCAUACAGGUUUGGAGUUUUUUUUCUUUAUUUCAGUAGAUUUCUUAUUGAUAAGGUUUAUCAAAUCCUAAAAAAUAAAUAGUUUUGAC